UGCGCCUUUGGAGUCGCCGCCAGCCGGAGGGUCACGUGGCAGCGGGAGAGGCCGCGCGGGCGGCUAAAACGCCGGAAGUGACGCCACUGGGAGGUUGUGGUCCUGAGGACAGUAGCUCGUUUGGCUCCGGCGGGAGGAGGCGGUGCUGAGUAUUCUUCCACCGGCAUUCAUUCUCUCAGAGGUGGUGCCCAGCUGGCAACUGUUUUGGGGGAGUCCCUGUUCCAUGCACUAUGGCGACCCACCAUAUCCGUGAGUACCACCCUGAGGACUAUGAGACUGUGCGGGACUUGUUUGCCACGGGAAUGAGUGAGUACGUGCCGACCCUGUGCGUCCAUAUGCUGAAGCAGCCCUGGGUGAUCCUGAUCCUGGCUUGCACCUUCUGCCUGCUGCUCACCAGCUCCAGGUCGCUGCUCCUGCCCAUCCUUGCCGUCACGCUUUUGUUGGCUGUGGGCCGCCAGAUCCUGGGCUACAUCUGGUCCAUGUACAUCGACCACUGCCUGCAGGAGGACCUGCUGGACAUCCAGGCCACUUAUGCAACCAGCAAAGGGGCUUGCUUCUGGGUGGCCGAGGCUGACGACCGUGUGGUGGCCAUAGUGGGCGCCAGGCCUUCUGAAGAGCACCAGGGUGAGCUCAUGCUGAAGCGCAUGUCGGUUCGGAAGGACUACCGAGGCCACGGCAUCGCUAAGGCCCUGUGCAGGACAGUGCUCUCCUUUGCCAGAGAUCGUGGCUACCAGUCAGUCGUGCUGAAUACCCUCAUGGUGCAGCAUGAAGCCCGCGCCAUGUAUGAAGGGGUGGGCUUCCAGGUGUAUCGCCACUACAUUUUGCCCACCAUCUAUGGCCACUUGGCCAACUGCACCAUUUCCAAGUAUCGGUACGAUAUUCCCUCUGUUGACUGAGGAGGGAAACUGAGCAACGGUCCAGAUUGGGUGUUUCAUUGCUUUUUGCCUUUUGGGCAUAUAAGUACGACAGGCUCUGGGAAAUGAAGAGGAAGGGAAGUGGUUGGUGUGGGGUGCUGAGUCAAGGUGGCUCAUGCCUUCAUUCUUUUGGGUUGUUGCAGUGGGUACUCGCAAGCCGUAGAAGGUUUUUGCAAGGAAGGAAGCCAGAAAGAGAAAGAUACUUUCUUUUUUUUACCUCUUUGUUCCUGAAUUAAUGGGAAUCUGAUUUUGAACCUGAUGUGGCUUACACCAUUAUGUUUUCUUUGCUGAAGAAAUGGGUUUCUCAGCUAGUUAUAAAUCUUCUCUUCUGCCUCAUCUUGGCGGUUGUAAACAACCCCACAAGCUGCUCUUGCUUUGUUUCUUGAGAGUGCUUUUCCUGAAGCAUGUGGCAAGUGAUAAACCAGAGUUCCACAACUCUUGCUCCAGUUGCCAUGGCCUGGUUGAGUGCUUUGUUGUUGUUUUUCUGCCAACUGAGAUGGGCUCAGUAUUUUCAGAGGCCUUUUCAUCACAUCAUGGUGCGACGUAAUCUUCUGUGUAUUUCCUCAGGGCAUGCAGCAGGCUGCACUUGGUGUGCUUGAAUUCACAGGUUAAAGCAUCCCCUCCAUCAUGGUCCCAAUACAAAAUGGAAGUUCUAUCAUUGAAUGAGUUGUGUGGGGUUUUUUGCAACAAAAAAGUCUUUUCCAAGAAGAAUGAGGUUAGGGUUAGCCUUCUCCCAGUUCUCAGAUUAGCAUUUGGAAGCACUUAAUAAUCUUUCAACAGCUUGGAACCUGGUAGAUGGCAAGAGGAGUUGUAAUUGGACUAAGUCAUCUCAGGAAAAAAAAAACCUGUGUUGUAUUGUUCUCCAGGCAUUGUUGAAUUACAACUCCCAGUACCCCCUACCAGUAGAUCUUCUACCUGGGACUUAUUUGACUUUUGGUCUAACCACGCUUUGGAGGGCCACAUUUUAUGUAUCCCAUAAUAAAAUCAAGGAAUAUGUAAUGGAAAAUGUCCUUAUAAGUUUCCAACCCCCUCCCCCAAAGGAAUGUUUAUUUUUAUCAUAGAGAAGAUGCUUCAGCUCAAUGGCCAUUUUGUUUGCACCUUUUUUUAGUUUUUGUGCCUGAGUGCAAAAGAGUGCCCCUGACAUUUGCCCAUGAGGAAAUUCAAUGAUAUUUGGGACUUUCUACUUUUUAAAAACCGCAAAUAAAGGGAAACUUAACUUAGUGUGUAUGUAUGAUGUCUAUUGUCUAUUAUUAAAUCCUGGAUGUAUCUGCUGGACCUGAAUGGUAAGAGAUUGGGGACCGACCAAAGGAAGAUGUUCUUCAAGCGGUGCAGAGUUUUAGAUGAGUAAUUUGUUAAGACAGGUUGUGAUGGCCAGUGGCUUAAAUGAUUUUAAAAGAGGGCUAAUCAGAUUCAGGGAAGGCCCAGUCAUCAGUGGCUGCUAGUCAUGACCACUCUGUUGCCUCCAUUAUUGGAGGAAGAAGUUUUAGACUAGCACCUGCUGGGAAGGAAAUGUGGGAUAUUAUUGAACACUGUUUGAGGGGCAAAUCCUGCCGUUGAUGUACAGACUUUCCUAAGGAAUUAUGUUCACUUAUCGGGUCUCUUUCAAUGUUUUGUGUGUACCCUUAUUGGGCAUAUUUGUGUCAUGGGCCUGUGGCUGCUAUGUUUACCUGUGAAUCAGUGCUGUGGAACUUGGGGAAAUAAAGAAGUGAAUCACC